AUGAGCGCACAACCAGAUCCCGCAGCUGCUCAACCCUCAGCAGAGGGUCCGCCAAGAGUCAUCGAUGAGAAUACGGAUCUGUCGACGUUGACUGAUCAGGAAAUCAUGAAGUUGAUGGAAGGGAUGGAUCAUCAGGAAGAUCAGAUGAACAAGCCAUUGAUAAGUACACCAGUACCGCUAUCGGUCAUACGUCAAGAGUACGAAAAGGGUUCUACUCAAAUACUCAAGAAGCUAGAUUGGCUAGCUGAAAAUGGCUGGGAUCAAGUAUGGAGAGCGAGGGGUGAUGGUGAUUGUUUCUAUCGAUCAUUCACAUUGGCAUACCUUGUUCGCAUACUGCAUUCGGACGAUUCACAAUUAGAGGCUAAUUUGGCUUAUGAGAAUAUUCAAAGAGCUUUACCUGCGAUGGAACAAUGUGGAUUCGACAAGGAGCUUUACGAAGAAUUCUUAGACCCCUUGUUGGCUUUAAUCAGAUCAUUCGCAGAAGAAGGCGAAUCUACUUCCACAGAAUAUGGGAUCGUCCAAUCUCUACAAGAUCCAGAGAGAUCAAACUGUAUAGUCGUAGCCCUUCGUCUAAUCACUUCCUCAUAUAUCCGAACUCACUCCGACCUAUUCUCACCAUUCCUCCUAUCACCCACUACGUUCCUCCCCCUCUCCACAGACGACUUCUGCCGUUCGGAGGUAGAACCCUGCGGGAAAGAAGCUGAUCAUGCUCAGAUAAUGGCUUUGGCCGAAGCGCUCAAUGUGGGAAUUAGGAUCGCCUAUCUAGAUAGAUCCGAUCUGGGAUCGGACGCGGAUAGUGUGAUCAACUGGGUGGAGUUUGGGAAAGAUACGAGUGAACAAGGUAGACCAUUGACUUUGCUUUAUAGACCUGGUCAUUAUGAUGUGGUAACUAAGGAUGUUUUACCUCAAGUUUAA